AUGUUUGCUGAUGAUGGUGUUGUGCUAUCACCCAAGCAAGGAAGUAAGGAACGAACCGCUUCCAAAAGCUCUCCUCAUUCUGAAGAAAAGGGACAUCAGAUUCAAUAUGAAGUACCUUUCCAAGCACCCUCCGUUGAAGAGGAAAUGGAGUGCUUGGCAAAUAUUUGUGAAUGCCUUGGGUCUUGCCUUAGUAAUAUAAAAAGAUAUUUAAACCAGCUAGAUGAUGACUUGAAUAUGGAUUUCGUUGAUCAAGCCCUUGAGUGCUUCCAACUGGCUUUAACUUUGCUGUCUUCAGACCCUGAGCCGAACAGACUCAAGCAUCUUGUAUUCGGAUCAAGCCAAAACGAGGACUUUUCAGAACAGUCCAUCAUUUCGUUGCUUCUCGAUUAUAUUGCUCUCCCUUCCUAUUUUAGACCAUCUGCCCUUAACGAAUUCUCAAUGGAUCAAAGUGCACAAACUGAAAUUGCUAAUGAAAUUGAUCAGUUGCUGAAUCAUCUUAAGGUAUAUGCUUUGAAAUGUUUAAGCAAGUUGAUCAGUAUUUGCUCCUUCGAAUCAAGAAAUUUGUACAUGGAAACAUUAGGUGAGUCGGUGAUAAAAUCUCUGUCCAAGUUGUGUGCUGAGAGCAUUGUUCAAGAUCAUGGAGUCGAAAUCAUGCUUGAUUAUUUGAGUUCUAGCGACCAAAUACGUGAACCAAGUGAUCCUUCGCUUGUUGGAAAUGCGAUCGAAAAUGAAGAAUUGAGACUAGCUGUGGCAGAAUGCUUGUUUUUCUUUGUUGUAAGAAAUGAGGUUGGAAGGUUAGCUGUUCUCAUUCAGAGAGGAAUUCCAAGGUUCCUGAAAUGCUUGGAGCAGGAGCCCAACCAAUUAAUUAGAUGUUAUUGUUGUGCCAUUUUACGAGAAUUCAGCUCUUCCUUCCCUGAAGAAAUGUUGAAGGACAACGCGAUUCAAGUUUGUGUCAAGGUGCUUAAUGCAGACCCAAGUCUUGAAGUUAGAGCCCUUUGUGCAGAGUUGUUAGAGGUUUUAUUUAAAACCGAACCAAAAGCAUUUCAAUUUGUUUCCGUCCCAACGCUGUGCAAAGUACUAAACGACAGGUUACAGAAAGAAACUUCCAGAGAUGUGCUUGAAGCCACUUGUAAACUAUUAGAAACGUUGUUUACCUCAAAUCUAGCUGGAUCCAACGACCCUGUCCUUCUCGUUCAUGAAGAAUUCAUUCAAAAAGGUUAUUGGAAGUCAUUCAUUAGAGUGCUGAAACAGUGCUCACCAAGACCUGCCUCCCUUGCAACGCGUGCAUUCAGGUAUCUCUUGCAGUUUGCUCCUUCUGAUCAACGAUUGGCAAGAGAAGUAGUUUCCCAUUUCCAGUCUUUAUCUAUAUUGUUGAAAGCUUGUCUUGAAUCAACGAAAACAAACGAGCAAAAGCAGCUUAGUUCAACCAACGUUGCGAACAAGCUUCUAAAGGUUGAAUUGUCCAUUAUUAUGGCGUUGUUAUUUGUGCAGAGUCCUUUUUCAAGAAACCAGAUUCAUAACGAGCUAAAAGCAUUUCCAUUGUGGAUGUCAACUUUAAGGGGAGCUUUGUUGAAGCACUUAGGUUUUGCAGAAAUGGAUUACUUCUCAGAUUUGAAGAUAAUUGAUGAAAACGGUAGAAAUGUUAUUGCAGCCUUUGCAGCAAAGAGUAGCUUGCAACUAAACAGUGACAUCCUAAAGGAGAUUUUUGAAGCUCAAGAAUCAGAAAACAUUUAUUUUGACGACACCAAUUCAACUGGGAUAGCAAACGAGCAUGAUGGAAAGAUUAAUCACUUCAUUCUUAGUUUUGCUCUUCACACAACAUUGACUGUGAAAGAGCCACAUGUAACUUCCAACAUUUCUUCUCCAAGCAGAAUCACCAAAACACCUUCUAAAACACCUUCCAAGACCUCAUCAAGAAUUCUUGAAACGGAACCAUCUUAUAUGUCGUCGGACACAUCUUUUACACCAAGACAAAAGACCACUAACGAAAGCUCAUUCAACACUUCCAUGAAUUCAGACGAUUCUUUUAUUCAACAAUUUGGAAAAGUUUUGACAAAGCAUGAGGUGAUAGAAAUUGAAGAACACUCUGCUUCUGAUUCAUCAUCUUUCAGCAAGAAGGAGCUGAGUAACAGCCCAAAAACCUCACUCCCAAGCCCAUCAUCGGCGAGACGAUCAAGUCAACAAGCACUGGCUUUUACUUCCAACUCCUCCUUUGAAAACACUGUAUUCCCUGAAUCGUUAAUCAAUGCAAGAAGUAUAGUUUCGAGGGCAAGUGUGAACAAGGCUCUCCAAAAAAAGGAAUUUGACAAUUCUGUUUUUCUUUGCAAGGUGUUUGGCGUUUGGUAUGAGAGUCAUGAGAUGAAGAUUGAAAGACAAAAAGCACAGGACAGUUUUGUAAAGGCGCAUAGGAUGGCUGCGAACACAACAGGUUUAAAAAUCAUACCGACUGGAUUCGUAAAUACUCCAGACGGUCUUGUUUUAAGAUAUCAGCCCAAUGAAUCUCCACAAAAACUGACAAAGCAUUGGACUGACGAAGAUGUUAAACUGUCAGAUGUCUUCACAUUUGAAGUUCCGUUCGACGAUUUCACGGUUGAAAGAGUGGAAAGAGUUCACCAAGCUCUUGCACGCCACUGUAAGCUAGUUAAGAAGUUACUUGUUUGCUGUCCCAAAUCACCUAAGAAUCGAAGAACUUUCUUGAUGGACAUGAACCUGAAUAUCAUGCCAAAAUCUAAUCAGAUCAUUGAGGAAUUGUUAUUAUUAAUGAAAGAAUAUGGUGUAGAAAAUAUCAAGAUGCCAAUUUAUUUGUGGAAAGGAAAGGAAAGGAAGGACACUUCUUUGACACAAUAUAAUAUUUUGGAAAUACUUGAAUUUGUUAAGAUUCAUAUCGCAAAUCAUUGCCAGCUUCCAAUUGACAACCCUAAUGUCGAAACUAAGGUUUAA